AUGAUUUGGGAAAUACCGAUAAUCGGCGAUUUCAUCACGAAACCGUUCAAAGCGGCGAAACUCUACGAAUUCUACGAUCGUCUGCACCUGUUCACCGUCUAUUUGCUCGGAUUCUUUGUGUUGCUCACCGGGGCGAAACAACACUUUGGAAAUCCCAUCGAUUGCAUGCUUCCCAAGCAACAUGAUGAUCUGAAAUCGUGGCGUGAAUACAUCCACAACUUCUGCCUAUUCUACGGUACAUUUCGAUACGAAGUGAAGAAUGGAACAUCGGAAUUCGGAUCAUAUUCAGAUGAUGGAUCAGUUAAUUACUAUCAAUGGGUUCCGUUCUUCUUCGCUUUUCAAGUCUGCUGUUUUCUUCUUCCAUUCUGGUGUUGGUCCUAUAUGCAGAAGUUGAUUUACAUAGACAUGGCGUUCAUUGUGGACUACGCUGGAAAGAUCAACAGUGAGAAGACGUUCGAUAAGACAAAAGAGAAAGUGGAUCGUCUUGUCAGUUAUAUGCAUGAUCACUUCAAAUAUCGACGUGCUCACAAGAUGGGAUAUUUCUCGUGGAUUACAUUCAAUUCGGCAUUUCCCAGUGUUCUUUAUAGUAUUACGAAGUUGUUCUUCAUCACAAACGUCAUUGUUCAAAUCAAUUUGGUCUGCAAAUUCUUGGAUGUCGAAUCGUGGACUUGGGGAUUCGAUCUCCUGGAGAAGUUCAUCACCCCGCCCAUCCGUACACCUCCAGAAUUCUAUUCAUUCACCGAUAAACAGAAAUUCGCGGCGAUUCUGACGGAGAACGCCUACAAUCGAUUCCAAUAUUUUCCGAUACUCGUCGGUUGUGAAUAUCAGUUACAAGAGUCGGUGAAUAAGUUUGUCAAUCAUAAAGCACAAUGCAUUAUUCCGAUGAAUGUGAUCAACGAGAAAAUCUUCAUCGGAUUGUAUUUUUGGCUUCUUGUGCUGGCCUCUCUCUCAGUGAUUGGAACAAUCAAAUGGAUAUUCCGUAUCAGAAGUCGUAAACUAAACGAAGUGAUGAUCUACAAGUUGAUAAAGAAGAAAUUGGAUGGCGAACCACUCGACUCGCGUCUCCAAGAUCAUCGCUACAAUUUCGUCCAUCACUAUUUGUGUGCCGACGGAAUUCUUCUCAUUUAUUUCAUGAUGGAUACCAAUGGAUUCUUGAAAACGGAGGAGGUCAUCGGAGCUCUAUUCGAUAAAUAUGUAUCGGAAGCUGCCGCUUUACCGGUUGGUAGGGAGGAAAAUGGCGGAAAAAUUGCGAAAAAUCGAGAAAUUGGGCUGAAAAUGCUCGAAAAAUGA